AUGUAAUAAAAGCAAUUACACAUUCCUGGAAAGAGAUUAAAACACUAUGAAAUAGUCAAACUCAUUGGAUCAGGAGGAUAUUGCAAAGUGUAUCACGCUGUCAACGUAUAAACCAACGAGAAUGUAGCAAUAAAAGCAGUGGCUAUGUCAACCUUUAAGAAUCAUGGAGGACUAGUGGGACAAUUGCAUGAAACAGAAAAAUAAAACAUGAAACUCAUUAAGAGCAACUAUGUUGUAAAAUUUAUUGAUGAAUUCCAAUAAAACAAAUAUUCAUAUAUUGUUAUGGAGUAUUGUAAUUAGGGAGACAUUGAGAAACUUUGGCUGGAUAAAAAUAAACACUUUAGUGAAUAAGAAGCUAUCGUAUAUGUGAAACAAAUGCUUAAAGGAAUGCAAGAUCUGUAAAAAUGUUAUGUGAUGCAUCGAGACAUAAAAAUGAAGAAUAUUCUGAGACCUGGGAUUCAGUAAGUCUACUUUUUAACUUUAUGCAUUUAGUAUAACAAUGAUAAUCCUAUGACCCUGACUAUUGGGAUGCUUGGCUACAUGGCUCCAGAGGUUGUUCAAUCUAAAUAAUACAACAACACUGCUGAUAUCUUUAGUUUGGGUUGUUUGUUCUACUUGAUGAUUUAUGGGGAAUUACCCUUCUCUGAUUAGAAUCACUAGAUCUAUUUGUAUGAAACCAAAAAUAAAAAAAUCAUUCAUCAUGAGAACACAAAAACAUCAGAGAAAACUUAGUUCAUUCUCAAUUCGAUGUUAGAAUAUGACCAAGACAAAAGAAUUGCUUGGACAGAGUUGUAUAAAUAUUUUGAUCAAAUGUGA